UGCAGCACACCGCUGAGGGCGGGCUCACACACUCAGCACACACACACACACACACUCACUCUCACUUCACUCUGUAAGUUUCCACAGGUCGGACCGGGUUUGGACUCCAGCAGCACAAUGGCUGAUCACACGUCUCCUGAUUACUUCAGAUGCUCCCUGUGUGCCAGCCUCCUCAGGGACCCUGUGGCCAUCCCCUGUGGUCACAGCUUCUGCAUGGACUGCAUCAGUGGCUACUGGAACGAGGCUGACUACACUGGUAUUUACAUCUGUCCCCAGUGUAAGAUCACGUUCACCCAGAGGCCCGUGCUGCGACCCAACGCCACCCUCAGCAUGGUGGCUGAGAAGAUCAAGAAGAGCGGCCUGAACAUCAACCUGAGCCCACCCCAGGGGAACGUGUACGCCGGGCCCAGCGACGUGCCCUGUGACUUCUGCUCAGGGAAGAAGCUGAAAGCUGUGAAGUCCUGCCUGAACUGCCUGGCCUCGUACUGCGAGAAGCACCUGAGGCCGCACUACGAGUCGGCCACCUUCAAGAGGCACAAACUGGUGGACGAGCUGGGAAACCUGGACAGGAAGAUCUGCCCGCAGCACCAGAAGUCCCUGGAGCUGUUCUGUCGCACGGAUCAGAUGUGUAUCUGUGCCAUCUGCACAGUGAGUGAACACAGAGGCCAUGACAUCGUGUCUGCUGAGGCUGAGAGAGGAGAGAAACAG